AUGCCUUUUAGAAGCCCCAGCUUUCGAGUCUUGUCCUGCAGAAAUUGUAGUUUAGGUAAAGGAAGUGAAAUCGAUGAAGACGACCCGUUUCAAGAUGAAGAUUUGCCGGAUGAUUACAAGAAAAUGAAGUUCAGUGCACUUUCGAUUCUUCAACUGUUGAGCUUGAUUCUGAUUAUUACAGCUUUAGUUUGCAGCCACGAUACUGAGACAUGGGGCCUCGCUACACCUGAAGAAUUUGAACCUGUUCCCAGGCUAUGCCGUUACAUACUGGCUGUCUUCGAGGAUGAUCUCAGACACCCUCUUUGGGAACCUCCUGAAGGGUAUGGAAUUAAUGCCGAUUGGAUAAUUAUAAAAGGAAGUUACAAGGAUACAAAUGGAAGAGCCCCCCUCAUUUAUUGUCUAGGAAAAUCUGGAAUUUCUGCAACAAAGCUUGCUCUUGCCAGAGGUGCUUCUGUUCUAGCCAUUGAUGAGAACGAAAAAUUGGUCCCUAUAGGGUUCACCACAACUCCAUUACCAAUCACACAGACAGUUUCCUCGUUCAGAAUUCCAGAAGGAACUGGGUGA